UGUUAGCCGGGAUGCGCCGGUACAGAGCUGUGUCCGUUGGGGUUGUGUAGGCAAGCAUCUUCUUGGCAAGGUCCUCGUAGGUGGCCGCAAACAGUUUACGGCUGUGGGAUGAGAACUUGUCUUGUGAAUGUGACGUUGGGAGGAGGGAAGCACAGGGGAGGAGGAGGACGAGGAGGAAGAGAGUGAAGAGUCACAAGAGGAGGAGGAAGGUGGAAAGAAAGAGGAAGGAGAGGAGGAGGAGGAGGAGGAGGAGGAGGAAGAUGGAGAAGGAAAGGAGAAAGAUAAGAAGGAAGGCAAUGUAGAAUGGAGGCGUCCUUGGUUUAUGUUCAGUAAAGCCCCGUAUUCUUGUCAUGGCAAUGUAGAAUGGAGGCGUCCUUGGUUUAUGUUCAGUAAAGCCCUGUAUUCUUGUCAUGGCAAUGUAGAAUGGAGACGUCAUUGGUCACAUACUGUUCUAAUGUAUGUGCACUUGCCACGCUGUUCACCAGGCAAAAGGCGUUGCAGAAAGAGCGCGAGAUCACUGUGUUGUGGGAGAAGACAGAGUCCCUUAGUGGUCAGCUGGUGACGGUCCACAACCACAGCCACUUUGAAGAGAAUGGCCUGAGCCACGACCACCUUGCUCAAGAAAAUAUCACGUUGACAGAGCUGAUUAAACAACUAGAAGAUAAGCUCAAACUUUCAAAGAUAGAAAUAAAAAACAUCACAAGACAGAAUAGUGAGCUGCAUGCACUUAUCACAGAGUAUAAAGUCACUCCCUCAGAGGAAAAAGACAAGGAUGGCACGUCUUCAUGUGAGAACUCAGAAGCUAAAUGUACAGAUACCAAGGGAAAUUGCUGGGUCAAGUGGCUACACUGACAUCUGAGGUUAGCAGGUUGGAGAGUGAGUGCAGCAGUCUUCAGGUUCAGCUAGACUGUGAGAGGGAUAAGUAUAACAAACUGCUGGGAGAAUCUCUUGCUCAUGAAAAGUUGUCUGAAGAUGUCAUAACUGAACCAAAAGGAGAAACAACAGGAUUGGGAGGAACUGAGCUUUAACAGAAGCUGCAACAACUGCAGGAGGCUCACAGGGUCCUGGAGAGCAGGUUAACUUGCAGCAUGAAGGAGGUGGCUGAGCUGAGUGACAGGAAGUAGCAGCUUGAGCAUGCUGUAGUGCAUGAGGAGACAGAGUCCAUCGGUGACUACAUCACCAUCUACCAGUUGCAGUGAGGAGUGAUGAAGCAACAAGCUCGAGAACGCGAGUUAGACCUUGCCAGCCUCCAUCAUGAAUGAGAGGAAAUGAAGCAAAACCACUCUGCAGGAUGCUUGAGCUGUCACGGUGCUGCUGCUGUUGUCUGCCAUCAUCCCCCUGACACAGACCACCCUGCAGACCACCUUCAUCCUGGGUGCCACACGUCACUGCUGCUACAACUCAGAGCAACUGGAGCGCAAGCCAGGAAGGGAGAUAGUAACUUUUCACUUAAUUUGUUGUUUAUUUGAGGGCCUAAUGACAGACACAUAAUGGAAUGAGUAUUUGUGAAUGUUUGUUUAUAUCUAGAUACAGCAUUCACAUAUCUUUUAAGUGCCACCUUCCAAAAACAAUGUCAGCCAGAAAAAUAACUGAUGAAUCUAAUUACAUUUCAAGUCAAAAAGUUUUCCUUUAACCACUUUGCUCCAGAUGCUUAAAAACAUGCGUUGCUCACAUACAUGGCGUCGCGUAGGCUCGUGAGUGGUAACUUAUCUAAUUUCUAAUAAUUUCUAAUAUAAUUUCUGUGUGUGUGUGUGUGUGUGUGUGUGUGUGUGUGUUUUAUGUAUGAGUGACACUGGCCAAGGGCAACAAAAAUCCAAUAAAAAAAUAUGCCCACUGAAAUGGCAGUCCCAUAAAAGGGUCAAAGCAGUGGUCAAAAGUUGAUGAAUAAGUGUCUUGAAACCUCCCUCUUGAAGGAAUUCAAGUCAUAGGAAGGUGGAAAUACAGAAGCAGGCAGGGAGUUCCAGAGUUUACCAGAGAAAGGGAUGAAUGAUUGAGAAUACUUGUUAACUCUUGCAUUAGAGAAGUGGACAGAAUAGGGGUGAGAGAAAGAAGAAAAUCUUGUGCAGCGAGGCCGUGGAAGGAGGGGAGGCAUGCAGUUAGCAAGAUCAGAAGAGCAGUUAGCAUGAAAAUAGCGGUAGAAGACAGCUAGAGAUGCAACAUUGCGGCAGUGAGAGAGAGGCUGAAGACAGUCAGUUAUGUUUGUGUGUGUGUGUGUGUGUGUGUGUGUGUGUGUGUGUGUGUGUGUGUGUGUGUGUGUGUGUGUGUGUGUGUGUGUGUGUGCGCUGAUGCAGCUGAGAAGGUUGCCUUAUGAUAAUUAUUGACAAAUGAAGGUAAUGGAUGUGCAUGUCAUUACUACUUUUUUAAGUGUGUGUGUAUGUGUGUGUGUUAUGUACACACACACACACACACACACACACACACACACACAUACACACACACACACACACACACACACACACACAAAGAGAAGUAAUAGACACGCAUCCUUUACCUUCAUUCAUCAAUAAUUGUCAUAAGACAGGCCCAGGUUCGAAUCCCGGGCACGGUGAGGCAGAUGGACAAGCCUCUUAAUGUGUAGCCCUCUUAAUGUGUAGGUACAGGAUGUAACCCGAGGUGAUGUGACUUUGCUGCCCCGGUGUGUGGUGUCAUUGGCCUCAGUCCUACCCAAAGAUCAGUCACCAUGAGCUCUGAGCUCUUACACACACACACACACACACACACACACACACACACACACACACACACAGAGAGAGAGAGAGAGAGAGAGAGAGAGAGAGAGAGAGAGAGAGAGAGAGAGAGAGAGAGAGAGAGAGAGAGAGAGAGAGAGAGAGAGAGAGAGAGAGAGAGAGAGAGAGAGAGAGAGAGAGAGAGAGAGAGAGAGAGAGAGAGAGAGAGAGAGAGAGAGAGAGAGAGCAAAAUGGCAAUGAAUGAAACAGGGAGGAGGGGGAACUGUGUGUGAAGGAAAACAUCAUCUACGUGAAACAUUUGAUUGAUUAUAAAGCACAUGUGCAUCAUAUAUAGUCAUGAAUGUGGAGGAACAGCAGAGUGAGUGAUCAACCACAGAAAGGAGAGAGUCGGACAUGCGGAGAGAAUGGAAGGGGAACAAUUUGAGAAGAUAAGCAUGCAAAUACAUAAAUAUAAGGUGGAAUAACAGUGUUUGGUGGGAAGAUGAAAGAGAGAUGCCUGUUUAUGAAGCAAAAUGGUUGUGCAAGAGAGGAAUGAUUGGAAAACCAUUCCCACCAAAGCCAACAGACCUUACACCAUAUUUUUACAAACCACAGCAUCUCUAUUCAUCCAUUCUGUGUGUCUUCUCUUCUCUCUCUCUCUCCACUCUUAAUGCUGCUGUGGCUCUCAGAUAAGGAUACUGUCAACAGGUUUGGGAUUGCCAAAAAAUCAUAAGGAGCUAUGUCUGAAAAGUCCAGAGAGAGAGAGAGAGAGAGAAAGAAUGAGCAAGAGAAAGAGUAGGAUGAAGCAAAGGAAGAGUCAAGAGGGAGGAAGAGAGAGUAGGACAAGAAAAAACAGAACAAAUAAAUCCCCUACACGUCUUGUCUCCAUUCACACAAGCCAUGAAAAGCUUGUCCAUCCCUGAGUGCUCAGAAGCAGUGUUCCACUGAUGAUGUGGAAACUUGAGACACCCAAUCAUUUAAUGGGCUUUAGUAGGUUUUGUCACCAGUCUUCUGUGUGUCACUGACUACAUUUUGAAAUUUUUAUCUGUUCUAUUUAAUUUUGUGUGUAUGUACACAAUGUUUAUGGUCAAUAAACUAUUUAUAAAACUAUUUAUCUGUGUGAGUAAGAUAAAAGCAGUUAUUGUUAUUAUUAUUAUUAUUAUUAUUAUUAUUAUUAUUAUUAUUAUUAUUAUUACACAUUUUCCUCCUUGUAUUUAAAUAUUAUUAUUAUUAUUAUUAUUAUUAUUAUUAUUAUUAUUAUUAUUAUUAUUAUCAUGAAUUGUUCUUGUUUAUAAAUAAAAUACUGUAACUGA